AUGUUGGCCUUGCUGGCCGUCCCAACGCAAGUAUUAUCACGAAAGGGCGGUGGCGAUGGCUCUAGCAGUGAUAGCGACAGCGACAGCGACAGCAGUAGCUCCAGUGGCUCGAGUGGCUCCAGCGAUUCCAGUGAUGGUGAUGACACUUCUUCAUCAACAUCAUCAUCCUCGGGCGAAACCCACUGCUUUGAUACCCACCUCCUCAACUUUGACAAUCUUCAACCUUCACAUUACUACGAAUACAACCAGGCACCACGGCGUGGUCAUGCAAGUGUUAAAACCGACUGGGAUGGUGUCUACUUCAAAGGCGAAGCCAUGCUCAAGUACACAAUCAUAACACCACCGAACAAUCUGACCGAAGACAAUAUCGUUAGUUCAUCUUUGAUCGAAUGUCCCGUUGGUAGACAGUCCAUGCGCAUGUUGGGUGUUGCGUGGGUCGGUGCCAAAACUCCCACCCCUGCUGGACCCGUCAAUCCCUUCACAUUGGGUUUCAAGGCCUGGGAGAGCAACGUGCGCGUCUCGGAUAUCGAUUAUUCAUACACACUGUGUGAAGAUCCGGAUCUCAUACAACUCACCACGACGGUGGACUUGUUCAAUGAAACUUCGGUCGAGGAAGCCAUGGAUGCCGUUUUGUUCAACAUUACCCAGGCGGCUGACAACCGCAACAAGAUUCUGUUUGACGGGGUCUAUGAUCUGAAAGACUGGGCAGACAGUGAAAGGGACCAUCUAGAACCAGCGCUCUAUGACAAUACCGGUCUUUGGCGUGAGAAGAUUUCCCUUCCGGAUAGUCUAUGCUCCGAGAGGAGGAGUUUGGGAAAGAUUAUCUUUGUGUGGCCCACUGGAACACACAUCAAUGGCUCUAUGACGAAUGAAACUCUUGAGUUGAAUUUCUCCGGCUCGACAAUUGCUGGGUUCGAAGGUCGUUCUCGAUGGCCGGACACCGACACAAAAGUAAAUGUGACUUUCGAGUUCACAUUCACGGGUAGUUUGGAUGCUGCGAAUUCCUCGCAGGUGGUUCUGCCAGGGGCGUCGAGCCACAAUGCGUCACUAAUCGCCUUUCAGACAGUGACUGGCAGUGCUACUGUGAUAAGUCGUUCAUUGUACUACGUACUGCUGUCUUUACUGGUCAGUUUGGGGGUCAUGGUUGUAUGA